AAUUGAAGUUCUAAACUUUUCUAAAUUUUUUAUUUCUGAAAUUGUAACAUUGUUGCCUAUUUUAUAUGAACUUGUAAUUCGAAGUACAAAACAUAAAGUGACUUUAUAUUUGUAUGAAGGAGACUUGUAAAGCCAUAGCCAUAAUCACCUGACCUCUCACCCCAUCCCCAACUUUAUGCUGUAAUCAGAUGAAAGAAGUCUCCAAACCCCAAACUGAUUAACCCUACAUAAACUUGUUUUUUUUAACUCUAACGCAACACAACUUCCAAUCAUCCUCUUUCAGCUUCAGCACCAUCAUCAACACCCCACUUUUCUCUCUCUCUCUCUCUCUGUACCUGAAAACAAGACAGCUAGGAUAUAUGAAUGUUCUCUUCCCACCUUAAAAAUACAGCCUCUUACCUAACUUCACAAUUCACUUCCCAUCUCACCUCCCACUCCAUAAAACCCCCAAUUCCAUCCCAAGUUUCACCACUGCUCUCUCCUUCACUUUCCCACUUCAAACCAGUACUAGUAAGUCAUUACAUUACCAACAAAAACUCCAUUAAAAUGUUGAACCACCUUCGACUCAUUAUCACCUUCCUCUGCUUCUCCACAGCUUUUGCUCAGUCUCCAGCACUACCUCCACAACCUCCAGCAGCUACUCAGUCUCCAGCACAACCUCCCCAAGUCCCUGCCACCCAGUCUCCGCCACCAGCACUAGCUCCACAAGUCCCACUAGUCCAGUCUCCACCUGCACAACUGGCACCAGGUCCAGCCCCACCAGGCCCACCCAACAUCACCGCCAUCCUCGAAAAGGCCGGUCACUUCUCUACAUACAUUCGGCUACUAAAGGCCACCCAGAUUGACAACCAAAUCUACAAACUCCUCAACGAUUCCAGCCAGAGCCUAACCAUGUUCGCCCCAUCUGACAAUGCCUUCGGCAACCUUUCAACCGGUACUCUGAACUCGUUCUCAGACGAGCAAAAGGUCCAGCUGGUGAAAUUCCACAUCAUCCCAUCUUUCCUUUCGGUUCCUGCAUUCCAAACAGUGAGCAAUCCGUUGAGCACACAGGCUGGAAGUACUGUUCAGUACCCGAUGAAUGUGACCACGGCCGGGAAUCUGGUGAACAUCAGUACUGGGAUUGUUAACACCACAGUGACUGGCACGGUAUAUUCCGAUAACCAGCUGGCAGUGUAUCAGGUGGACCGAGUGCUGCUUCCAUUGUCCUUUUUUGUCGCUAUAUCACCUGCUCCGGCACCAUCAAAGCCUGAGAAGAAGGCUCCAUCUCCGGCAGGCGAUCAGUCCACUACUAGUACUGAUACGUCAGUUCAGGCUUCUGGUGCAAUGUCGGUGACUCACCACUGUGCACUCAAUGUUGCAGUGUGCUUUGCAGGUUUUCUUAUUGCAGCAAUGUGUUUGUGUCUUUGAGUUGAGAGAUUGUUGAUGAUGAUUGUGUUUGAUUUGUGUAAA